GCCACAACGGACAGAGGACAUCCACCAUGAAGCCAUUGAACAUCCGUUGUAUGAAGUUCUUUCUUACAUUGCUUAAUAUCUUAUUCAUUUUGUUAGGUUUGGCGUUGAUCUCCGUGACGGUGAUGAACAUUCGUGAGCGUAAGAUCCGGCCGGAGCAGUCAGCUGUCUCCCGCGGUGUCCUGUCGUUCCUGUUGACCGUCGGUUUGGCGCUGCUGGUGGCGGCCGUGCUGGGCUGCGUAGGCGCUCUCAGAGAGAACAUCAAGCUACUUUAUGCGCACGCGUGUUUCUUCAUUUUCCUGAUCCUGCUGGAGGGCGCAGUUGCGUUGGGCGGCGCCCUUGUCAGCACUUGGGUCGUCACCGGCAACAGUCUGCGCGGACAAUUUUACAAGAACUCGACUGUAGAAGACCAUACCAAUCAGGCAUAUUGGGACCGUACGCAGGCAGAGAAUCAAUGCUGCGGUGUAGACGGUCCGCGAGACUACAAGGUUCUCCAUCUGGAGAUACCAGUGUCCUGCUGUCCUCAGGGAUAUCCUAUCAAAGAGGGAGGCGCUAGGAAACAUCUUCACGCAUCCUGCAUAACUGAACGAACGUAUUACGUCAGAGGAUGCGAGAAUGUGUUAGUUCAGAAGAAAGCUUACAAAGGCAACCUCAUUAUUGUAUCUGGAGUUGUUUUUGUUAUGUUAGAAAUUCUCAGUGAGUCUUUGGCUAUCUGGAUGGCGAGGACGAUUAAAUCGGAGCGCAGAAGACUGCAACAAAACUUACAGGCUCACUUCGAAUCUUAGUAU